UCAUCGGACCAGAGAGCUGAGGACCGCCCCUGAGAGGCUGGGUGGGUGAACUUUGUCACAAAUCGCACUGAGCUGCAUAACAACCUCCUCUGCCUCUCUGGUGACAGAUGUGCGUAAAACGUGCUGCAAAAUGUACAUCUGGUUCACCGUUUUAGCCGGACUGGCUAUCCUGUCCUUCUCCUUCCUCAGGACUUUUUCCCCUCACUUAGCAGACGAGUGCAUCUACAUCCUGAGGAGCCUUAAACUCGGUUUUAGGCUCUUCAAAUACAAGAAAAGCAAGCCUUUCUACAGCGUCCUGGACUGCUUCUUGGAUGCAGCCAAGAAGCAUCCCAGUAAGGUCUUUGUGCACUUUGAAGGACGACAGUAUACUUAUGGCGAAAUGGACAAACAGAGCAACAGGGUGGCCAGAGCUCUGCAGGCUGAAGCCCAGCUGAAGGAGGGGGAUCCGGUCGCCUUGUUUCUGGCCAACGAGCCCAGCUUCAUGUGGACUUGGCUCGGUUUGGCCAAGCUUGGCUGUCCGGCUGCUCUGCUCAACUUCAACAUCAGAUCCAAGUCUCUGCUGCACUGUUUCUCCUGCUGUGGAGCCAAAGUGAUCAUCGCCUCUCAGGAGCUGCAGGACGCUGUGGAGGAGGUUUUACCGACGCUGAAAGCGCAAGGCAUCAGUGUGUACCUCAUGUCAGAGACCUGCAGUAUCCAGGGCAUCAACACUUUGUCUGACAAGAUCUCCCAGGCCUCAGAUCAGCCGCUGUCUCCGGACCUCAGAGCCAACAUCAACAUCAGGAGCACUGCUUUGUACAUCUACACGUCGGGCACCACAGGUUUGCCUAAAGCAGCCGUUGUCACCCAAGAGAGGAUGUGGGCCGCCUCCUUCAUCCAGGCGGCAUGUGGAAUCACAUCAGAGGACAUCUUCUACAUCAACCUGCCUCUCUAUCACAGUGCAGGCUUCCUCAUCGGGAUGGUCGGCGCCAUGGAGAGAGGUAUGACCGUUAUUCUGAAGAGAAAGUUCUCUGCCUCUCAGUUCUGGGACGACUGCAGGAAGUAUAAUGUGACAGUGAUGCAGUACAUUGGUGAAACAAUGCGCUACCUCUGCAACACGCCCAGGAAAGACAACGAGAAGAACCACAAAGUGAGAAUCGCAAUCGGCAACGGAGUUCGAACAGAUAUUUGGUCAGAGUUUCUUAAUCGCUUCGGGGACAUUAAAGUCAGAGAGUUGUACGCUGCCACAGAGGGAAACAUCGGUUUCAUCAAUUACACGUCAAAGAUCGGUGCAGUGGGGCGAGUCAAUUUUGUCCACAAGUUUUUCUUCCCGUUCACUUUGAUCAAGUUUGACAUUGAGAAGGAGGAGCCCGUCAGGAACUCUGAGGGUCUGUGCAUCAAGGCAGACGUAGGUGAGACGGGACUUUUGGUGGGAAGGGUUACUCAGAGGUCGCCCUUUGUUGGGUACGCUGGCAACCAUCAGCAGACUGAGAAAAAAAGGCUUCGUGACGUGUUGAAGAAAGGCGACCUGUUCUUCAACAGUGGAGAUUUGCUCCGGUUUGAUCACAUGAACUUUGUGUACUUUCAGGAUCGAGUUGGUGAUACUUUCAGAUGGAAAGGAGAAAAUGUUGCCACAUCGGAGGUUGCUGACAUUCUCACAAUGGCUGGUUGCAUUUUGGAGGCAAAUGUCUACGGUGUUAAAGUUGAAGGUCACGAGGGGCGGAUCGGCAUGGCAUCUGUCACUCUGAAAGAAGGAGAAGAUUUUGACUGUUCGCACACCUACAAGCAGGUUGUCAACUACCUCCCAGCGUACGCAAGACCUCGGUUCAUCAGGAUUCAGCCCUGCCUGGAGAUGACGGGAACGUUCAAGAUGAAGAAAGUGAAGUUGGUGGAGGAGGGAUUCAACCCAGCUGACAUCAAAGACCGUUUAUACUUUUUAGAUCCUGAGAAGAAGCUGUACGUUCCCAUGACAGAGGACAUCUACAGAGCGAUCUCUUCUAGGGAAAUAAAACUCUAACACAGAAACUUUAAAGUAGUCAGUGUUGUACCAGACGACCCGUUUGUUUACAAAGAUGUAACAUCUCAUUCAUAGACCAUUUUUAACAGUCAACUAAUCUCAGGGACAGACUGACUUAGAAACAUUACAUCAUGUUUUAAACCUCUUGUCAUCCUUUAUCCUUGGGGUCAAUUUGACAGCAGCAAUUUAACGCACAUAUACGCACAUCCCCUCUACGUUUGUCAUCUCCAUAUAUCCUUUUCGAUUGCUUGAGCGUUAUAAAGAGCACAAAUGCUGAUUUCAUGUCUUGGACAUGGCUGACAGCGUAUCUGGUGAGACUUGUAAACCCUUUGAUCACGUUAGCAGCACUAAGUCUACCCUGUCAUUCAAGUGGGGAGAGGGACCAUAAUAAUGUUGCAUUUUUUUAAGGUAACGUGUCCACUCUUGGAAGCAGAAUCUUUCUCAUUCUCAUCAGAGGAGAAUGACUCAUAAUCAGGGUCCUACUCAACAUUACCUCAGACACAAUCUCCUCUAAGUCACUUUCACUGUCAAAAAGCUGCGACUAAACCUCAUUGGCAGAAAAUGGGACAUAUCAGGGGUUCUCACACUACUACAGGUACGGUUAUGGUAUGUUAGGGCCCUAAAGAUUGAAAAACUGCAUCCGAUAGUGACCUCAAUAUCUGCAAAAACUGUUUCUUAUAUGUUUUAUACAGCUAAAACAGCCAGGGGUCAAAUUGACCCCAAAGAACACCAAUGCGUGCAGGACAUUGAAAACAUAUCAUCAUGUUAAUUUUAUGUAUACCAAGAUGUUCUCAUUAAAUUAGGAAACGCCAUUAAAAUGAGGCAAAAAAAAAAGAUGUCAAGCUCUGAUUUAGAGACAUGAAACAUUGAAAUUGACCCCAAAGAUAAUAGGGGGGUUAAGAGAGGUUUUUUGUUAAUUAACACAACUACCAUGCAUCUCUACAGUUUUUAUAAAUGUACUCCAUAAAACUGACAUUAUGUGAUAUACAGGUAUGUCUUAUACUGCCACUGUUGUUCUUUUAAUAAUUAAACUCUGGUUGAUUUUGUU